AUGCAUGAACAACUUCAUGUUUAUUGUCCACCAGAACUAUCAACAAUAAACUAUAGACAUGACUGGAUUUUAAAAGAAAUACGGCAAAGUCCAAUGAAUUGGUAUCAUCCAAUUAAAGAUAUGAAACGACAACAACAACUUCGAGAGAGACUACUCAAUUCAUCAGAUGUCGAUGAUGACGAUAAUGAACCGGAGCAAAAAGAAUAUGAACCAGAUUGUUUCUGUUUACAACCACCAAAUAUUUAA